AUGAAAACUAAUGGUCACAUGAAAGGUGGUGGCAAGUUAAAAGGUGAAGAAGGCGGACAGUACUAUCAAACAUAUGCGAACUACUUCAUAAGGUUUUUUGAAGAGUAUCAUAAGAACGGAGUGGACUUCUGGGGUGUAACAGUGCAAAACGAGCCAAUGUCAGGACUCAAUCCAGAUUAUGGCUGGCAGACGAUGUACUUCAGCGCGGCAAUGGAGAGAGACUUUAUAAAAAAUUUGCUCGGACCUGCACUGAAAGCCUCGCCCUACACGAAAGAUAUUUCCCUAAUGAUCAACGACGAUCAACGUUACAAUCUCCCUGGAUGGGCAGAUACUAUACUGAACGAUGCUGAUGCAGCAAAAUACGUGGCCGGUAUUGGUGUUCAUUGGUAUGCAGACUAUGAAGUGCCAGUGGCUGUUCUGACGGCUACACAUGACCGACAUCCUGACUACUUCAUACUCGGCACUGAAGUGAGCCUAUCAUCUGAUACUUUCGAAAGCACAUUCUAUGCUAAUCAUACUGGCAGGGAACGCCUAGCAUUGAUCCUUCCUCAGUGGAAGGCUCGAGCCUGCCGAGAAGCUCGAAAGAUGCGGUCCAGCUAG